AUGGAAGAAUACAAAAAGCUUCUAUGGUCGAAACACAAUCCCCGAUCUGAAGGGAAACUUCUAGAACAGGCGUCCAUCGAUUUCGCAGAUUUCCAAGAUGAUAUUUUUAACCUUCACAUCAAUGAAAUCGACCCGAUUCAUCAAAUUGACGAAAUGAAUUCGCGAACUGGAGAUCCCGCCGAUAUAACUCUCCCGGUUGAAAUGCCUAUCGAUCCUCGUACAGGGCAAAAAGUGGAACAGCUCGAAUUGAAGUGUAUAAAUACGCUGCAGUUAUUCGACAGGUUUCCCUCUGGGUCUGUGUUAAAGCGCAAAGAGCAUCAGCAUUGCCUCACGGUUCUCAAUCGGAUAAACAUGAGGCUUCCCUUCACUAAUCCAGAGGAUGCUCAGAGAUAUCAGCAAUAUCAAAAGCUUAUGGAAAAACUCGCCCCAGAGAAGGAACUAUUCGAUAGCUUUGUGCGAAAUUUCUUCAAUACCAACCUCUUGCGUCGGGUGCAGACGAUUGAUCCAGACAUGAACGCACUCGUGGUAGCAAUAUGGCAAGAAAAGGUUUCAGAACGUUUGGCCCUCGAGCGUGAGCGAGGUGGAAAGUAUAUUUUGAUGACUGCCGUCCCAUUUGGUGGAAAUAACAAUCCUUGCCAAUCGAAUGUGAUCUUUAAACCGAUGGGACAAGAUGCUCAAGAAACAGGUGUGGUACGAAAUCUUUUCACCGAAAACAUUCUACGGUGUGUCUCGUUGAAGAGGAACGCACGUGUUUUAGAUGGCUUCAUGGUGGAAUGGCGAGCUGCGCGGCGCCGGUAUGCUGACAAAAUGUCGGAUAUCUUUUCGAUUCUGUACAAGAUGCCGCAAAUCUCAAUCGUUUUGUCAGCCGGUGUACUUGCGUGGCUUAUUAAUAAUGCCCGAAAUGAACAGGAACAGUGGACGGUACCGUUUCAAGUAAAGACCCUCAACGAUCGCAACGUUUUACUCGUAGAUAGCCGUCAUCCAGCUUGCAGAAUGUCUACACAUGUUAGAAAGUUGCAGGCGCACAAAUUAUUAGUAAAAAGUUUUAUGAGUUUUAUUAAACCACAGUCUACCACUGAGGGGUCUUCAAAAACAACCACAGAACAAAAAAGCCAGGAAGCGUCAAAAUGCAAUGGCAUUGCCUCGUUUGACCCUCUAACUUUCGAUGAAUACAUGAAAAAAGUUGAACUGAGAAGGGCUCCGUCUGGACAUGAAACUCGAGAGAACAGGUUUUAUCAACCGUGGACUUUAGAAGAAGAUAGCGAGACUCACCAUCUGCUCAUUAGUUUUCGGCAAGAUUGCUAUGAAUCGUUCCGCAAGAUGCGUGUCUUUAUGAACAUCUCCGUGAAGCUCGAGUACCAGCCGGAAUUUGGUGCUGAACAGAUGACGCUAGCGGAGUUACUGCAUGAGUGGUGUCGCCAACUGUUACGUCCUAAUUCAAAAACCAUGAGAUUACGAGUGAAUGCUACAACGUCUAUCAUUAUUUCGCACCACUACCUAGAGUUGCGUGAUAUAGAAGAAGAGCUGAAUCGACUGUACGGCGUUCAACCGCGCAGUUUGAUUGGAAAUGUGUGGAAGAUGCUGAAGUUAUUACAAAAUUUCCCCCCCGGAGAUUAUUUACUGCAGCGUGAUGGGAAAAGUGCCCAAAGCCUGUCGGUUUAUUCAAAAAUCCUAGAAAAGGAAAAGGCAAACCAAGCAGAACUCGGUGCAGUCACCAUAAAUUGGAGCGAACUGUUGCUUCGUACCGAGUACAGUUGCCCGCCGUUGGAGCAGUACGAUUGGAUACCGAUCGAUAAGUACGCUAUCACGUACCUGCAUCGCCAGAACACACUUUUACCGUGCAGCUUUCCACAUUGGACGAGCGUGAGAAAGUUGAAUUCGCGCCAGCCCAAACCUAAAGCUCCCCCACCAAAACCUUCCAAGAAAAAAGGUGUCCCAAAUGUAGAUGGGGGUAAACCAGCUAAAAAAUCGAGCGCGGGGAAAUUAUUAAAGCGAGAAAAAAUGAAACUGCGAAAGCAGGAAGCACGUAAAAAAAUGGCGCUGGCAGAAAAGAUACAACAAUCGCUUAAUCAAUUUGCCCCGUAUUCGGGAUCUACCAAAGUUAAACCACACGAGAAUAGCGUACAACCAAAGGAUGGUAGUAACGAAGGUUCUAAUAAGUCUGGUUUGCUACAGGCUCCUUUAUCGGUGCAUCAAUCGGUGGUGGAUUACAAUACCUACGUUGAACAAUCCGGAAUAAAACCAGAUGAAAAGUAG